UCUCGGCUUAAGCCGGUGCGUUGGCCGCCACCGGACCCGACCGUGAGCCGCCUUGUCACCGGCGUCCCCAGGAUAAAGAAACCAAAUGUUCUCCCAACUCUGCUGACUGACCUCACCCAGCUGCUGGCAUCACUAUGUGGAAGAAGGAAGCUAUGGGCUACACUGUUGCAGAGCAUGGUCUCAGAAACUUCUAAGAGAUUUUGUAACAAUCAAGAAGCACAUGAAAGAGGCCUCAUCUAUCAAAUAUUCUUGAUUAAGUGAUAAAAAUGGAAUUGAAGCUUAUUUUCUCCCUUCGUAUGGUAAGUCCAGCUGCAAGCAGAUUGUUCUGUUCUUCACUUCCUGCAAGCCAGAGUUUUAUAAAUGGACACUGACAUGGACUACGAAAGGCCCAACGUUGAAACCAUCAAGUGUGUGGUAGUGGGAGACAAUGCUGUGGGGAAGACUCGCCUGAUCUGUGCCAGAGCGUGUAACACCACCCUGACACAGUACCAGCUGCUGGCCACCCAUGUACCAACCGUGUGGGCAAUUGACCAGUACCGGGUCUGUCAGGAGGUCUUGGAGCGUUCCCGGGAUGUUGUUGAUGAAGUGAGUGUUUCUCUCAGGCUUUGGGAUACUUUUGGUGAUCAUCACAAAGACAGACGCUUUGCAUAUGGCAGGUCGGAUGUUGUGGUCCUCUGUUUUUCGAUCGCUAAUCCCAAUUCCCUAAAUCAUGUGAAAACCAUGUGGUAUCAAGAAAUCAAGCACUUUUGCCCUCGCACACCUGUUGUUCUAGUUGGCUGCCAGCUAGAUCUCCGCUAUGCUGAUCUUGAAGCUGUUAAUCGUGCCAGACGCCCUUUAGCGAGGCCUAUCAAAAGAGGGGAUAUUUUGCCCCCAGAAAAAGGCCGAGAGGUUGCUAAGGAACUUGGCAUCCCAUACUAUGAAACAAGCGUUUUUGAUCAGUUUGGAAUCAAGGAUGUGUUUGACAAUGCAAUCAGAGCCGCACUGAUCUCCCGUCGGCAUCUGCAGUUCUGGAAAUCCCACUUAAAGAAAGUUCAGAAACCUUUACUUCAGGCACCAUUCCUACCUCCAAAAGCACCUCCACCAGUCAUCAAAGUUCCAGAAUGUCCCUCGACAGGAACGAACGAAGCUGCCUGUUUACUGGACAAUCCUCUGUGUGCUGACGUCCUGUUUGUCCUCCAGGGCCAGGAGCACAUCUUUGCACACCGAAUUUACCUCGCUACCUCCUCUUCCAAAUUUUAUGAUCUUUUUUUAAUGGAAUGUGAAGAAACCACAAAUUGGAGUGAAGGAGCUUAUGAGAAAGAGAAGCAUAGCCAGGAUUUCCAAGGAUGGUCAUUGAGUGUUGACCCAGAUGAGGCAAGGGAGGAGGGCACCCCAAGGACUCCUCAGGCAGGUCAGUGGAAGUCCUCCAGCCAGAACCUGUUCCAGCUGGAGACUCCAGGGCUGGAAGCCGAGAGCCUGAUUCCAGAGACUCAGACUUUGUCAGGCUGGAGUAAAGGGUUCAUUGGCAUGCACAAGGAAAUGCAAGUCAAUCCCAUUUCAAAGCGGGUGGCCCCAGUCACCGUGGUCAGAAUGGAUUCGUCUGUCCAGUCAGGCCCCUUCAGGACCCUGCUCCAGUUUCUUUAUACAGGGCAACUGGAUGAAAAUGAGAAGGAUUUGGUGGGCCUGGCUCAGAUUGCAGAAGUCCUGGAGAUGUUCGAUUUGAGGAUGAUGGUGGAAAACAUCAUGAACAAGGAAGCCUUCAUGAACCAGGAGAUUACAAAAGCAUUUCACGUCAGGAAAGCCAAUCGGAUAAAAGAGUGUCUCAGUAAGGGGACGUUUUCAGAUGUGACUUUUAAGUUGGAUGACGGUGCUAUCAAUGCCCACAAACCACUGCUGAUCUGUAGCUGCAAGUGGAUGGCUGCCAUGUUUGGGGGGUCAUUUGUGGAAAGCGCCAACAGUGAGGUCUAUCUCCCGAAUAUAAACAAGAUGUCAAUGCAGGCGGUAUUGGAUUAUCUCUAUACCAAGCAGUUGUCACCUAACUUGGACCUGGACCCACUGGAAUUAAUUGCCUUGGCAAACAGAUUUUGCCUUCCACACUUGGUUGCACUUGCAGAGCAGCACGCCGUUCAGGAGCUGACCAAAGCUGCAAUGAGCGGUGUGGGCAUUGAUGGGGAGGUGCUCUCUUAUUUGGAAUUGGCCCAGUUUCACAAUGCCCACCAGCUAGCCGCUUGGUGUUUGCACCACAUCUGUACCAACUACAACAGUGUUUGUUCCAAGUUCCGCAAAGAAAUCAAAUCGAAAUCCACAGACAACCAGGAAUAUUUUGAACGGCACCGCUGGCCCCCUGUGUGGUACCUGAAGGAAGAAGACCACUACCAGCGUGUGAAAAGGGAACGAGAGAAAGAAGAUAUUGCACUAAACAAACAUCACUCGAGACGAAGGUGGUGCUUCUGGAAUUCAUCUCCAGCAGUUGCCUGAGGAGGAAGAGAAGGAAAAAAAAAAUCAGUAACCUGACACACCACUUGUAAAAGCACUACUGUAAAAUUAGUCUUAUUUAGAGAUAAGAUGUAGUUCAGGUUUCAGGCACUGAUCUUCCUCCACUUUUGUGCAUUUAUCUUUGUGGGGAUCAAAGCACAAGCUCACCAUCCAUGAGCCUGGACAAAAAGGGAAGUUGAUGCUCACUGCAUUCCUUCAACUUAUAUGUAUAUUUUUUUGUUAGAAGGCUUAAUAAACUUUAGUCCGUUAUUUCAUUUCUUUUUAUACAAGAAAAAAAAUCCAGCUUUCAUGUUUCAAAUUUCAAAUUGGAAAAUAUUUUUAUAUGGUCUCUUGUAUUUUGUUGAAAUGAACUACUAUGUAUGACUUUACUUUACAGGCCACAAAUUCACCAUGAAGUCGCCCUGUGAUUCUCUUCGCCCACAAAACCAUUGAGCAUUAUUACAUAAUUAGAGGGUUAUCCUUUUGUUGUGAAGUAAAGGGUUGGGAUGAAUUCCCCAAAGUGCAAGUUAGAGAGUGUUUAAUCUUUGUGCUGUCGAAUAACAUUGGUAUAAUUACCAAGUCAACACUAAGAAUGUGUAUUUACAAUAUUUGCUGUGUAAUUGCUAGUAAUUAUAUGGUUAUAUGUGCCACGUAAAAUAUAGUGAUAUCAAAUCUUCUGUUGUUUAAAAUGUCUAGAUUCAAGAGGAUAAUCUUUGUAAUCAUUAGAAGGGCUUAUUAAAUCCCAGCACUAUCCAGGGCAAAUUCACUGGUGGACCUGAACAGAGAAGCGACCGUAAGCGCAUUGCUGUUUGGAUUGCUAUAUUAGGGUUUAAGUAUUCUCAGUAUUCCUUGAUCUCGCCAUGCGUCUCUGCAUGCAGAUUCUCCACUGACUUGAAUUGAGAUGGGCAAAGGACAGGGUCCCCAGACUCUCCCCCACCACUUGUGGGUUUGUCACAUCUCACCACCACAAAUAGGCUUCCUCAGGUCGCUUACCUGUGGCCAACUCCACUUUGUAAAAUAUUUUUAACUCUUCCCAGGGAAAAUUCAUGUCGCUUGCUACAGAAGUAGGCUAAGGCAGACCACCCACCCCUGCUGAAAUUCAGAGGGCCUGUGAAGGCGCAAAGCUGGAGGCUGGGUCCCUGCAUUCUCCAACACAGACUAGAAUCUUUUCCCAGAGUCUAGGAAAUGGUGCUAUUGUGAGUUAGUUCUGACCCUUUGUCAUUCUGGUUUUCAGUGUUAAAACAGAAAGUACUGAGCAGGGGAGCUUUCAAGAGCAGUCAAACACUGCUUUUCUGUGGAUUAAAUGUUACGUCACUAGAGCAUUUUAUAGCCAAGAUUCCAUACCUGUGUGGAAUGUUAUAUGGUGAAGGCUGUGUCUUAUUUUGUUGGGAGGUCAACUUCCUGAGCUAAAGGCUGUUGAUAUUUUUUCCCCCUAGCUUUCAGAAGUUGGAAAAGUUGAAUCUAAACCUCAAUGUUGACAGCCAUAUGCAUUUGCAAAUAUAUCCAAAUUACAGAUGAGUAUUUAUUACUGACAGUGAAACACACUGCACAAGAGUUUGGAGUGGCUCAAAAGUGUGCCCUUUUCUCGUGACAAAGGAGAGGGCAUUGGAGUAGGAAAUGGAUGGUUAUAAAUGCAUCCACUUUAAUUUUUGGUCAAUAGGUUUGUAAAUUUUUAAUGAAAGGAAAAAGGGAGACAGAAUGAGGGAAUAAAUAUCAAGACUCAGGAAGAAUCAGUAUGUAUCCCAUCAUAAAAUAGUAGAGGUUGAGUAUCCAAUGAGUAGUCAGAGUUGAACUUAUACAACCAAAGCUCCCAUUUAAUUGUAAUCUUGCCAAAACAUGGACAUAUAAAUGAACCUGGGGUAUAAGCAAUAAUCUCCACUAGUGUUUGUUAUCAGCUACUGAAACCAAGUGGCUGGUUCAUUUGGUUGAUGCUGACUAUGGCCUUUAACCAUGGUGGUUUGUUUUGUGUUUUUUAUUUCACAAAAAGCCAAUAAAAUUGUU